CUUUCUCAAACCUCCGCUUCCGCCACUGUGGCUCGCUUGAUCGUCGUCGUCCGGUGAUCCAUCUCUCACAGUCGAAGGUCAUUUGUUCCAGUUUGGUUUAAGACGAAGCUAUGAAGAGUUUGAUAUGGUUAACGGCAGAAGAAGCUGCAAAGAACAGAGGGAAAGUUCUUUCUUUGUACCGACAACUACUUAGGAGCAUCAACUCGCCGAGAUUGCAGCUUAGUUACGCGUCAAGACUUGCGAAGAAAGCUGAAGUUAGGACCAUCUUCUUGUUUGGUUCCGAGGAGAUUUCAAAACACAAUGUUACCGAUCUUAUCCGUACUGCUGAAUAUGCUCUUUCCCAGUUAAAACAAGGCAAAAUCCCCAACAACACCACUCAGUACUGAGUCAUCUUACCAUUGUUACACAUUCAUAGAUAUAUGUGGCUUCAUGCUCAUAUCAUUAUCAGUCUUUCCAUUUAUUUGGAAACCUUAUAUAUUGAGAUCAGCUUUACUAUGUAACUCACAAGGCAUGUUUCCUAGUAUUAACAAGAAUGUGGUGCUUAGAAAACAUAUCGUGUAUGUUUGCAUUUUGCUCGCGAGUCGCGACUGUACAUUUAUAGACAUGUUUGGUACUCUCCAAUC